UCGAUAAAUAGCGGCUGAACGGCGGCGACACUUUCUCUCAGCCAGUCAGUGUGUGAGGGAAGCAGCAGUAGCAGUUCCCGGCCCGGUCUUUCUUCUGUCCGCUUCGUCGUUCUGUCAGUCACGUCAUGGCUUCCUCCGGAGUUCAGAAUACGUCAGCGACACCUACCUUGCAGAGAGGCAUUGUGAAGAUGGUCCUCUCAGGAUGUGCUAUUACUGUAAGAGGCCAACCACGUGGCGGUCCGCCCCCAGAGCGGAACAUCUACCUAAGUAACAUUCGUGCUGGAGCUCUUGCCCGCAGAGCUGUGGCCUCUCAGCAAGAUUCAAAAGAUGUCCCUGAUGAGCCUUGGGCCUUUCCAGCUCGAGAGUUCCUGAGGAGAAAACUUAUUGGAAAAGAAGUCUGCUUCACCAUAGAUCACAAGAUCAAUGAGGAAAGAUACUAUGGGACAGUGUUUUUGGGCAAAGAUACUUCGGGUGAGAACAUCGCAGAAUCGCUACUUGCAGAAGGGCUGGCCUCUCGACGUGAAGGUGCAAGAGCAACAACGCCUGAACAAUGCAGGUUGGCAGACAUAGAAGAGCAAGCAAGAUCUUCAAAGAAAGGACUUUGGAGUGAGGGAGGGGCUGGUUCUCAAACUAUCCGGGAAAUGAAAUACACAAUCGAAAACCCUAGGCAUUUUGUGGAUUCCUUGCAUCAGAAACCAGUGAAUGCGAUUAUUGAACAUGUUCGAGAUGGGAGUGUUGUGCGAGCCCUUCUUCUUCCUGACUACCAUAUGGUGACUGUCAUGUUGUCUGGAAUCAAGUGCCCAACAUUCAAGAGAAAUGCAGAAGGUAAAGAGGUUCCAGAACCCUUUGCUGCAGAAGCAAAGUUUUUUACAGAGUCGCGUCUACUGCAAAGAGAUGUACAGAUCGUUCUAGAGAGCAGUCACAACCAAAAUGUCCUUGGCACCAUCCUUCAUCCGAAUGGAAAUAUCACAGAAUUGCUUCUGAAAGAAGGUUUUGCUCGUUGUGUUGAUUGGUCUAUAGCUGUGUAUACCCAAGGCUCUGAGAAGCUCCGGGCAGCAGAGCGUUUUGCUAAAGAACGCAGAGUAAGGAUCUGGCGAGACUAUGUGGCCCCCACUGCCAAUAUGGAUCAGAAGGACAAACAAUUUGUGGCUAAGGUUGUUCAAGUGUUAAAUGCAGAUGCUAUGGUGGUGAAGCUGAAUUCUGGAGAGUUCAAAACCAUUCAUCUUUCCAGCAUCAGGCCUCCCAGACUUGAAGGCGAAGGAUCUCAGCAGGAUAAGAACAAGAAGCUCCGUCCACUCUACGACAUUCCAUAUAUGUUUGAGGCCAGAGAAUUUCUGCGCAAGAAGCUAAUUGGAAAGAAGGUAAAUGUAAACGUGGAUUACAUCCGAUCAGCUAGUGCCGCCACAGAAACUACUCCAGCGUUUCCUGAGCGUACCUGUGCAACAGUCACUAUUGGUGGCAUUAACAUUGCAGAAGCCCUGGUUAGCAAAGGCCUAGCCACUGUGAUCCGCUAUCGUCAGGAUGAUGAUCAGAGAUCUUCUCAUUAUGAUGAGCUAUUGGCAGCAGAGGCCCGAGCCAUCAAGAAUGCCAAGGGACUUCACAGCAAAAAGGAGGUUCCAAUACACCGGGUGGCAGACAUUUCUGGGGAUACCCAGAAAGCGAAACAGUUUCUCCCUUUCCUGCAGAGAGCUGGGCGUUCAGAAGCAAUUGUAGAGUAUGUGUUCAGUGGGUCCAGGCUCAAGCUUUACAUGCCGAAGGAAACCUGCCUCAUCACCUUUCUCCUGGCUGGUAUUGAAUGUCCAAGAGGCGCUAGGAAUAUUCCUGGUGUGGUUCAGGAAGGGGAGCCUUUUAGUGAGGAAGCCAUGAUGCAUACUAAGGAGCUAGUACUGCAGAGAGAGGUGGAGGUGGAAGUGGAAGCAAUGGACAAGGCUGGUAACUUUAUUGGGUGGCUUCAUGUGGAUGGUGUCAACCUGUCAGUUGCUCUUGUGGAACAUGCCCUUUCCAAGGUCCAUUUCACUGCAGAGCGCAGCAACUACUACAAGACUCUAGUGUCUGCAGAAGAAACAGCCAAGCAAAAGAAAGAAAAGAUCUGGUCCAAGUUUGAGGAGCAGUCUGUAGAAGAAGUAGUUGCCGUGGUGGAGGAGAAGGAAAGAAAUGCAAAUUAUAAACCCGUCCUGGUUACGGAGAUCACAGAUGAUCUGCACUUCUAUGUUCAGGAUGUUGAGACAGGUACACAACUUGAAAAACUCAUGGAAGGCAUGAGGAGUGAUAUUGUGAGCAAUCCCCCAUUGGAAGGGUCAUUCGCCCCACGCCGUGGAGACUACUGCAUUGCUAAAUUUGUGGAUGGAGAGUGGUACCGAGCUCGCGUGGAGAAGGUUGAGUCGCCCUCCAAGGUUCAUGUGUUUUACAUUGAUUAUGGAAAUAGAGAGAUUGUACCCUCCACUCGCCUGGCGACCCUCCCUACGUCUUUCAGUGUUCGUACGCUUCCCGCACAAGCAAUAGAGUAUUGUUUUGCUUUUAUUCAAGUGCCACAAGACGAAGACGCUCGUACAGAUGUUGUGGAUAAUGUGGUGCGCGAUAUUCAGAACGCUCAGUGCCUGUUGAAUGUGGAAUAUGCAGGUGCUGGCUGUCCGCAUGUGACCUUACAGUAUGCAGAUUCUAAGGAGGAUGCCGGCCUGGCUCUGGUAAAAGAGGGCCUGGUCAUGGUGGAGGUGCGCAAAGAGAAACAGUUCCAGAAACUGGUUGCAGAGUAUUUGAGUGCUCAGGAAUCUGCUAAGUCUGCAAGGUUGAACCUGUGGCGUUAUGGAGACUUCCGGGCCGAUGAUGCCGAUGAGUUUGGUUACAGACGUUAGGAUGCCAUUCCAAAGAUGACAGAGACCCCUCCCUCUUCCUGGCUCUCCAUCUCUUUCUUCCUGAGAAGAGUCGAUCCAGCAAAUAAUACCGGAUUCACUGGAAGAGGAUUGCAGGGUUCCUCCUGGACAAGUAUUUGCAUCAAUUGAAAACUUCCCAAAUAUCAGUGUAAACAGUUCAUACUACAUCUGCAAAUUUUUAAGUGUUUGGGUAUUAUUUCCUUUUUUUUAUUAUGGAAUAUGAAUUACGUGGGCUGAUAGUUUAUUUUUUUUUAUUUUUUCUUGUAACUCAGUCCUUUUUCCACAAAUCAUGUUCUGCAAAUUAAAUCAUGAGGUUUUAUCUGUCCAGUCCUUUAUAUCCCUUUAAAAAUGUAAUUGUUCCCUCCCACAUCCAGUGUCCAGGGUCAUAUGUUUUGUCUUGUGUAUUUAAUGGCUCAAUAAAGUACAGCGUUAUAAGUA